GGGUGUAUUCGCUAUAACAGGUCGAAGAUAUAUCUUGUGUGACGUACUCGCGGUUGUUGCAAUUUGCAAGAGUGUUAAUACUCGUAAGAUCCUUUGCCUUUUUCUUGCAAAUCACUAUACUUGCAUCCAUCUACACAAGAUUUCCAUCUUCCACACCCACUCGAUUCGCAUAUUACCAUGAAAGCAUUCAAGAGCUUCGUCAACAAGCGUCGGCAGAGUUUCCAAAACCGCGGCAAAAAAGAGAAUGAUCCGGCACCGGCACCGGCACCUGCCAAUGCCAACGCCAACACCGAGAAUGAGAAGCGCGCAGCCGCUCCGGAAGCCAACGCUGAACAGCAACAAGUAAUGGCUGAAGCCGCACCUGGCACUCUUCAGUUGGCACUGCAGAACAAGUCCAAUUCCAGCACCGUAUACGCGUACAUUACCGGCCUUGCUCUGGAACGGAACAACACCCCCCUCUUUGUGAAAGCAGACGGCCAGUCCAUCUACUAUCCAACAGCGCCCAAGGAUAUCCAGCAACCACUCCAGGCCGACGUCGCCAUUCCACUUGGGGCUCCCGGCAACACUGUCAACGUCAGGAUCCCAAAGAUUGCCGGUGGUCGUAUCUGGUUCAGCAUUGGCGCAAAGCUUACUUUCCUUCUCAACCCAGGUCCUGCAGUCGUAGAGCCCAGUGUGACCAACCCCAGCGACCCUAACUUCAACAUCAACUGGUCUUUCUGUGAGUUCACUUACAACGACGCACAACUGUUCGCGAAUAUCAGCUAUGUCGACUUUGUCAGCAUUCCUGUUGGGCUCAGCUUGACCAACACCCAAGGCAAGACUCAAACAGUGCCAGGUAUGGGUGCCGAUGGCAUGCGGAGAGUCAUUGAAGAGUUGCGUGCGCAAGCCAAGCGCGACGGUCGACCUUGGGAUAAACUGAUCUAUGAGCACAACGGACAGCCAUUGCGAGUGCUGAGCCCGAACAACCUUCUCGUCGGAAACGCGGAUGCAUGGGGUAACUACUGGGACGGUUACAUCCAGGCGGUAUGGAACAAGUACCGCAAUGAGGACAUGAUUAUCAACACCCAAGCCGCAGCUGGCAACCUCAAGGGCCGUGUCCAAGGCAACGAGCUUCAACUUGGCCAAGCAGGAAACUUUGCUGCUCCUUCAGCUAGGGAUAUCUUUACCUGUAGCACUGGGCCAUUCGCGACUGGAUCGAAUCAAGCGCGCAAUGCAGUCAUCCCGCGUCUCGCCGCUGCUUUCAACCGUAGCAUCUUGCUGAACACACCCGGUGACCAGUUCCCGAAUGGCAGCAACCCAGGCCAGUACUACAAGGACCCGACGACCAACCACUACUCGCGCAUCGUUCAUCAGGUCCAGAAGGAUGGUCGUGGCUAUGCUUUCCCAUACGAUGACGUUGUUCCGGAUGGUGGUCAGGACGUUGCUGGCACAAUCUUCGACGGCAGCCCGAAGCUGUUCACUAUCGCUGUCGGCGGCCAGUAAGCGCACACUAUCGACGCGAAGUGUGAUGAAUUGGUGAUGUAUUCACGAUUUGAUGAGUACAUAUUCUCUCUAUGCUUCUGUAUAUGCUUGUUCAUAGACUUUGGAUGACGUGGAAAUUUGAGAGAUGACGGGAGGGUAUAUAGUUGGCUUCUGGUAUAUAUUUGAUGAUUAAUGGAUU